GUAAUAGUAUUAUUUUUAUUAAGUUUGUGCUUAGUGAGUAUAUCUUAUGUCUAAAAACUGUAAUUCUACGAUCUCAACACAGUUACUUGCAAUGAAAUUCUUAACUAUGGUGGUUCUAUUAACACUGAUGUACACCAAUCAAACGGACAGUAUAAGUCUGAGUAAUCUGUUCUCAAAGAAUACAUCUCCUUUAAAAUGUGGAUAUAGCUCAUGCCCUAAAGACAAACCUGGACAUAUCAAUGUACACCUUAUUCCUCAUACACAUGAUGAUGUUGGUUGGCUGAAAACAGUAGAUCAAUAUUAUUAUGGUGCAAACAAUACAAUUCAACGUGCAGGUGUCCAGUACAUCUUAGACAGUGUUAUAAAAGCUUUAGCGCAUAGUCCAAAUCGUAAAUUCACGUAUGUUGAAAUGGCAUUCUUUCAUCAAUGGUGGGUAUUACAAUCGGAAGAAAUACAAAAUCUAGUUAAAGAGUUAGUUCAGUCGGGUCAAUUGCAGUUUGCUCUAGGCGGUUGGAGUAUGGCUGAUGAAGCAACAGUCUAUUACGGGGAUGCUAUUGACCAGUUGACACUUGGUCGAGAUGUACUAAAACAGUUAUUCGGCAAAUGUGGUCUCCCAUUAGUUGCUUGGCAAAUUGAUCCAUUCGGUCAUUCACGUGAUCAUUCUGAUUUACUUUUAGAAUCCGGUUAUGAUGGUGUCUACUUUCAACGUAUAGAUUAUCGUGAAAAACAAAAACGUAGAGAGAUGAAAGAAUUAGAAGUUCUAUGGGAUACUGCUGCAUUUGAUAAUAAUCUAAAUAAUGUAAGCUACGGUUUAUUUACUGGCAUGUUUUAUGAUACAUACUGCUAUCCACAACAAUUUCAGUAUGAUGAUCGUUAUAUGGCUGAUUCGAUCAUAGAUAAUCCAUAUGUUAAGGGGUAUAAUGCUGAUAGGGUGGCGAGAGAAUUCAUUGACUAUGUCCAUAUGCUAAAAGAAAAAUUUAAGACAAAUGAUAUCAUGAUAUUGAUGGGUUGUGAUUUCACCUAUGAAAAUGCUAAUAUGAAUUUUAACAAUAUGGAUAAGUUGAUUGCACAUGUGAACAAACAACAGGUGAAAAAUAGUACAGUGAAUGUAUUCUAUUCAACUCCUGCGUGUUAUACACAAGCAGUAAAUAAAGAAUUCCAUCGAUUGAGUACAAUCAACCGACGUGGUGGAGAUUUUUUUCCAUAUGCGAGUGGACAACACGCCUAUUGGACUGGCUAUUUUACAAGUCGACCAGCAUUAAAGUAUUACGUCCGUCAGGCAUCAAAUUUAUUAACAAUGUGUGAACAGAUUCAUCUGUUCGCAAAUCAUAUUCCAGAGAAAUUGACAGACACUGAAAGCCUAGAAGGUGAAAUUGAACAACUUGAUUUACUACGUCAAGCACUCGGUGUUCUACAGCAUCAUGAUGCUGUAUCUGGUACAUCGAAACAGCAUGUUGCUGAUGAUUAUGCCUGGCGACUGUAUAACGCUUCACAAUCAUGCCAAGCCCUAAUAAGUGAUUCAUAUCAAAAGUUAUUGUCAAAUCUCCAGCCAUACAUAAAACAUAAUUCUGACCCAAUAUUCUGUGAUUUAUUGAAUAUCAGUUUAUGCACUGCAACUGAAGGCAAUCGACCGUAUGUACAACAGUCCAAAGGCAAUAGUGGUAUUUUCAUCUUCCUAUACAAUCCCUUAAGUUGGCAACAGUCAAGUGAAUGGAUUCGAUUUCCAUUGUAUCUGCCACAAGACAACUUACCUUCGAAUGGUAUUCAGAUUAUAUUAAAGGAUUUAAAUGAGAUUUCAGAAGAUUUAAAUGUGCCUUAUCAAUUAAUACCAAUCGGACAACGAACAGCAAACAUUCCUGAAAGAAAAUCCAAAUCACAUGAAGCCAAUCAUGAAUUAUUAUUCAAGCCGAUGAUGCUACCACCGCUUGGAUUCGCAUUGUUUUACUUCGCCAUAAAUCCGAUACCAUCACAGACGUCAUCUGUAUUAACAUCAUCAACUAUGCCACAAAACGAUAAUUUUUCUGCUCUGAAGAGAAGUACAAUGGAUCUGAUUUACAAUGAUGGUGAUCAGUGUGUACAAGUUGUAUUAAAACAAUUAAAAAAUGAGAUUGAUGUUCAAAUCAAACUGAACAUUGAACUGAUGUAUUAUCAAGGCGAAGCAGAUCGAUCGCAACGAUCAGGUGCAUAUGUAUUUUUACCAAAAGCUGGUUCUGCAAUAAUGAAAUUUGAUUCUGUACAUGGAAAAGUGAUAGAUGGACCAUUAGUCAAAGAAGCUUAUGUGACUUUUUCUCCAUGGGCAUCUUUGAUUGUACGACUUUAUAAUAACGGUGAACUGGAAGUUGAGUGGACAAUCGGUUCAUUACCAUUGGAUAGUAUUGGUCGGGAAGUUGUCAUACGUUAUGUAAUUGAUGGCAAGGAUAUCCAGUACAGUAAAGCAGGGGAAUUCUUUACUGACUCAUCUGGCAGACGCCUGAUAAGACGUAUUCGAGAUCAAAGAACAGACUGGAAAAUACCAGCAACAUACACUGAGGCAGAGCGUAUAACUUCUAAUUAUUAUCCAGUUGUCAACAGAAUUAUGCUUAAAAAUAUUCUCAUCUCACCGACGGAUACUAAUCUUAAGUUUGGAUUGGCAGUUUAUACAGAUCGAAGUCAAGGUGGAACAAGUUUGAAGGAUGGAGAGUUAGAGUUAAUGUUACACCGCCAAACGGUUGUUGAUGAUGGAUUCGGUGUAGAAGAAGCUUUGAGAGAAAAAGGUUUAGAUAAUAAAGGUCUGAUUGUUCGAGGUGUACAUCGAAUCAAACUAGAUGAAUUAGAAUUAAUUGAAUCUGAUGAUCGGAAGCUUGCUCAAAUAAUGAGAAAACCAAUCAUCCCACUAUUCAUUCCAUCGAAUAAACAAAUCUCAGAGGGGAAUUUCAAAAGUUGGAGUGGAAUAACACAAAGACUGCCAGACCAUAUUCAUAUUCUCAGUUUAACUGCUUGGCCAUUAAACAAACCUACUAACCGCACUGAAAAUCAACUUCUUGUUCGACUUGAAAAUGUAGAUGAAAAUUCUCAACUAUCACUGAUAGAUGUAACAAAAUUGUUCACGGGAAUCAGAAUAACUGAUGCACAAGAAAUGAUAUUAACAGCUGAUCAGUCAAAGGAAGAGGCUGUUUUGCAUAGAUUACACUGGCCAACUGAACCGCCAAAAUCUAACUCGUACACGCAAAAUUAUGAAAAGAAUGCAACCAGUGUUGUUUUAAAAUUACCUCCAGGUAAAAUAAUCACAUUCAUUUUAGAUUAUAUAUAAAUGAUAAUACAAGUAGGUUUAGUCCAUUUUAAG